UUGUCAUCCUCUCCGGUCUCCUCAACACAAUAAUAAUAAUAAUAAUAAUAAAUAAAUAAAUAAAAAGAAAAAAAGUCCAAGUCUAUGUGCGAGUCCUAAGUGGAGGUAGUUUCCCUCUAAGCCUUCCUUGUUCCUUUGAAUACUCCCUCGUCUUUGCCUCUCCAAUCCAUUCCAACAUUUAAGUCACGAAAGCUCUUUCCUACCACAUUCCUUCCCUCCCCAAAACAACAAGUCCAACUUCUUCUUCUUCUUUUUUCACAUCCAUUAUCUCUUUCUUUUUUGUUUUCAUAUUUAUACCUUAUUUUUAUUGCGCAAAUCUUCAAAUAUUAAAAGCAAACAGCACCAAACCCAUACUGGGUCAGCAUUUCAAGACCCAAUUUUCCAUUCUUGGGAUUUUAAAGAUAAAAACUUUUUUUUUUUUUCCCCUUCCUUUCUUUUAUUUAUCUCUUUCUGGAAUUUUUGCAAAAACCCUAUUGACAAAGAUUCAAGAAGAACAAAAUGGGAGAGGAUUCUCAGCUUAGUCGAACUUUCGGCGAGUCCAGAGCCGUUGAGCUUACCGGAAAGAUCAUGGUGACUGCUAUAAUAGUACUCUUCGUGGUGGUGGUGUUCGUCCUUUUCCUCCAUCUCUACGCCAAAUGGUUUUGGUGGCGUGUCGAUCAAUCCGCAGCUGACCCUCAUCAACAACAAUCCCGUCGUCGUCGCCGAAGCCGCUUCGUUUUCGCUCCCGGUCAAGACCCAACAAUUGGAUCUCUUCGACAAGGGCUCGAACCGUCCAUACUCAGAUCCCUCCCUGUGUUGGUAUAUCGGCCAGAAGACUUCAAAGACGGGCUCGAAUGCGCCGUUUGUCUGUCUGAGCUUGUUCAGGGAGAGAAAGCUCGUCUUCUUCCCAAAUGCAACCAUGGUUUCCACGUCGAUUGCAUCGACAUGUGGUUUCAGUCCCACUCGACCUGCCCUAUUUGCCGGAACGCCGUCGCUCCGGAGAGCUCCGACGACGACGACGCUGCUGCUGGUUCGGCAGCAUUGGCAGGAAGUGUUCACGAUGAGAAUUUGGCUUCUGGGUUUUCCACAGAGACUCCAAAUUUCCCCACAAAUGUAUUGUUUUGGGGGAAUCAAACCCAGGUUAGCUCCGGUGGUGCUUGUUUGGAAUUGGAAGAAGGCCCUUCUUCUCAACCCCUUGCUCCACCUUCUUCUUCUUCAUCUUCGUUAGCUACAAGUAGGCCUGAUGGAAUGCUGGUGAUUGACAUUCCGGGAGAGAACUCCUCCUCGACGGUAUCACCUUCCGGUGGAAGAUUCGCCGAUGAGGAUUUGAAGUCGCCGGUGACGACGAGAUUGAGAUCAUUGAAGAGGCUUCUGAGCAGGGACAAAAGGAUAAGUCCCUGCAGUCCCAGCUCUAUUGAUAUUGAGCAAGCAAGCAGAGGACAGAGUUAAAAAAUAAAGCUCGUCUCUUUUUGAAGUUGGAAGAUAGAUUGUAUUUUGGGUCAUUUAGAGCUGAGGGAAAAAAAAUGGAUUCUGAUAAAAAGGAUAAAUUUGGUGUUUGAGAGAGUGAUUUUUGAUGUGUUAUUAAUUCUCUCCCAUCCCAGAGAAAUUGGUUAGGUUCUUUUGGAGAUGAAGAAAAAAGAAUCCUACAUAUGUCAUUUUGCUCCAUAUCCAUUUGAAAAUUAUUGAGAUGGGUAUAUUGAACUGGAGCUUUGAGAUCUGGACAGUCUUUUCUUUAGACUGCGUACCAUACAACCAAGUUUGUAAUGUAUAUUUGUCCUUUUGGAAAACAGAGUUAUGAACAAUUGUUUGAAAUUGAUGUACAAUUGUUUGAAAUUGAUGUAUAUUUUCAAUGAAAAUUGCCUUUGUUUAUUAUA